CGCUUCGGUUUGUUUUUCUGUCACCUGCCGAAGUGAGAACUGAGAAGGCCGGGUUCGCGUGUGUGCUGUGUCUGUAGUGGCCUUUUCUGGGCCUCGUUUUUGGGAGAGGGUACCACUCCGCCUCGGUUUCAGAAAAGGUCCGUGAAGUCAUUGGGCUUUGCCCUUCUAGAAAGCAAGCUCGACCUGGACGGUCCAGAGGCUCCAAUGGCUGCGGGCUCUGGGGUUGUCCCGCCACCUCUCGGUGCUGGGCUUUGUACGGUGAAGGUGGAGGAGGACUCUCCGGGGAGUCAGGAGUCCUCCGGUUCCGGAGAUUGGCAGAACCCCGAAACUUCUCGAAAACAGUUCAGGCAGUUGCGCUACCAGGAAGUGGCCGGCCCUGAGGAGGCGCUGAGCCGACUUUGGGAGCUCUGUCGGCGGUGGCUGAGGCCGGAGCUGCGCUCCAAGGAGCAGAUCAUGGAGCUGUUGGUGCUGGAGCAGUUCCUCACCAUCCUGCCCCAGGAGCUCCAGGCCUACGUGCGGGACCACAGUCCUGAAAGUGGGGAGGAGGCUGCGGCCUUGGCGCGAACUCUACAAAGAGCACUGGAUCGGGCCUCUCCGCAGGGCUUUGUGACCUUCAAGGAUGUGGCUGAAUCUCUGACCUGGGAAGAGUGGGAACAGCUGGCUGCAGCUCGGAAAGGUUUCUGUGAAGAGAGCACAAAGGACGCUGGGAGCACAGUUGUGCCUGGCUUGGAAACUAGAGCUGUGAACACAGAUGUGAUUCUAAAGCAAGAAAUUUUAAAGGAGGCCGAGCCACAGGCAUGGCUACAAGAAGUGUCCCAGGGAAAGGUCCCAGCAUUUACCAAAUGUGGUGACACCUCUGAGGACUGGGAAGAAAAGCUGCCAAAAGCUGCUGUACUGCUGCAGCUCCAGAGUUCUCCUGAAGAGCAAGGAUGCACUGCUGUCCCACUUCUCAUUGGUGUGUCCAGAAAGGAAAGGGACUCUAAAACUAAUGAAUUUGAGAACAGUGGCAGUUCUGUCCUUGGUCAGCACAUCCAGACAGCAGAGGGACUGGGUACCAACGGUCAGUGUGGGGAUGACCACAAACAAGGUUUCCAUGUCAAAUGCCAUCCAGUGAAGCCUCACAGCUCUGUGGACAGUGCUUUGGGGCUUCUUGAGACCCAGAGGCAGUUCCAGGAAGACAAACCUUAUAAAUGUGAUAGCUGCGAGAAGAGAUUCAGACAGCGCUCGGACCUCUUCAAACACCAGAGAAUCCACACCGGUGAGAAGCCCUAUCAGUGCCAAGAGUGUGGGAAAAGCUUCAGUCAGAGCGCCGCCCUCGUUAAGCACCAGCGGACACACACAGGUGAGAAGCCAUAUGCUUGCCCAGAAUGCGGGGAGUGCUUCAGGCAGAGCUCACAUCUGAGUCGGCAUCAGAGAACCCAUGCCAGCGAGAAGUACUAUAAAUGUGAGGAGUGUGGAGAGAUCGUUCAUGUUUCCAGCCUGUUCAGACAUCAGAGACUACACAGAGGAGAGAGACCAUACAAGUGUGGAGACUGUGAGAAGAGCUUCAGACAGCGCUCAGACCUCUUCAAGCACCAGAGAACCCACACAGGAGAGAAGCCCUAUGCAUGUGUCGUCUGCGGGAGAAGAUUCAGUCAGAGCGCCACCCUCAUUAAACACCAGAGAACUCACACAGGAGAAAAACCUUAUAAAUGUUUUCAAUGUGGUGAAAGAUUUAGACAGAGUACACACCUUGUCCGACACCAAAGAAUCCAUCAGAAUUCAGUCUCCUAGCUUCCAUGUGUCUCUGCAUGACUCACGUGGCUUUUGUUGUUGCUACUGUUGAGAAAAGUUCUCACUGUGUAGCCCUGGCUAUCUGGCAGUAGCUAUGUGGACCAGGCUGGCCACAAACUCAAGAGGUCAACCUGCCUCUGGCUUUACCUCCUGUGUGUUGAGAUUAAAGGUGCCCACCACCUUCCCCAACAUGACUUUGGUUGUGAUU